AUGGCGUAUCGGUGCAGUACGGUCUUCGUCAAAUGGAUCAAUGUCCUCACGCUGGUGUUGGGAGUGGUGCUGCUGGUGACGGCAGGCGUGCUGUACUCGAAGCAGCCCACGGCGUGUCUCGCGUUCAUCCAGACGCCGCUCAUCGUGCUCGGUUCCCUCGUCACCGUCGUAUCGCUGCUGGGCCUGCUAGGCACGGCAUGCACGUCGUCGUUUCUCCUCUGGAUCUACAUGGUGCUGCUAUCCGUCAUCACCCUCGUCUUCCUCGCCUUCACCAUCUUCUCACCACUCUUCAUUCACCACAGCACGUCCUUCCUCGUGCACACCAUUUCCUUACCUCUCAUGUACGCUGGUGCUACCCACGGCUCCUGCUUCCGUUCAAUCCCUCCCCUUUUUCUUCAGUACCUUCCGUCCCCCGUCUCCCUCCGCACGUGCGUGUUCCAGCAGUACUACCUGGACAGCUAUUCCAAGUGGAUGCAGUCUACGUUCCUUGCUCUUCCCUGCCCUGUCUGGUCUCGUCUCCUCGCUCUCGCCCAGUCUCUCAAAGCCCCUCCAUUCCCCUACCCCUCCCCACUCUCAUUUCCUACGCCCCCCUUGAUGGCGGUGCUGCGGCAGCUGCGCAACUCGGGGACGUGGGAGCGCGUGCAGGCGUGCAUGGUGGACGCCGCCUACUGCCAGCAGCUCAACCUGCGCUACCCGGACCUCUCCCAGUACCACGCUGCCCAGCUCUCCCCCACCGAGUCCGGCUGCUGCCGCCCGCCCAUCGAGUGCGGGUACCGGCAGAUGACGGCGACCAUCUUCAUGCAGGAAGCCCCCCCCCACAGCGACAACCCAGACUGCACCAAGUACAGCGCCGUCAACUCCACCAUGUGCUUCGCCUGCGAUUCGUGCAGGGCUGGUGUGGCAGAGUAUGUGAAGACCGAGUGGAUGAAAGUGGCGUAUCUUCUUCUCGCCUUCACCAUCAUCCUCAUGUCCAUCUGUGUGUUCGGCUGCUGCGCCACGUACCACGUGGAGGUGGAGGAAGAAGAGCCGCUUGAACUGGAAAUGCUGGCAAAGCCUUCACGUCACAAGUCCCGUCGCCGGAAGACAUGGGCAUAA